AAAUCAGAACAGUUAUAUAACUGUAUAGUAUUUCAUUAUUUGUAGAGUUUUUAGUGCAAAAGUUUUUCUGCACACUUGAGUCCAAGCUUACGACAUGAUUACCCUCUUGUGGCACAUUCCGGGGCAUUUUUCUGAUCUCUAAUUCACUAAAGCCCAGUGACUAAAGUCAAAAAAAAUCCCCUCCAGAUAUGGCCUCAGCGAUGCCUGUUGAACAGAAAAAGCUCCCAGAAAAAGCUCUCAGGGCAGGUUUUGAGAACCUUUAUCUGAAAGCCAGUCCGCUGACCAAUAAACAGCAUAUGAGAUACAAAAGAGCCGUUCAGAAGUAUAUGUUAAUCCCACAGAAGGGGCCCCAUAAAUAUGCUAUGCUAAACCUUCUGGGGGUGCUUCAAUACCAAGAUGGGAAAACAAAUGAAAGUAUUAAAAGUUUUGAAAGCAUUCUUAAAGAAGAUGGUACAAACUUGAAUGCCUUAGCCAGCCUGGAGUAUAUUUACAGGGAACUUUUUUGUGUCUCAAAAGCUGAACAAUAUAAGAGGAAGUCUGAAGAGUUAAUGGGUGGCAAUGAACCUAGCAUUGAAGAAAGAAAGCGACGGGGGAGGUGUUUUUUUGAGCAGGGUUACAUGAUUGCAUUUGAUGUACAUGAAACAACAAAGCCAGAAAGACGUGGCAAAGUUUGUGUACGGGCUCACGAGUCAUACAUGCAGGCGUGGCAAGAGGCAGGAGAUUUAGUAGAUGAAGUGGAAAGAACUGAAUGGUGUUUUUUUAUUGCUCACAAUUUGUCUCAAAUUUGCCAUAAUCAACCAGUUUUAGAAAGCUUAAACAAAAACUUGGACGAAGACAGUGCCUUUGAAAUGGUCAUUAAACUCUUUAAGAAAGUGAUUAAAGGCAAAGACAGUCAUUACAAAGCACAGGGCUGGCUUCACUUGGGUUGUGUUUUGUCCAGUAGAAAAAGAAAACAGAAAAAUACAGAAUCUGAUACCAUUACACUUAAUUCAGCAGAAAAAGCAAUUCAUCAUCAUACUCAUUCACAGCAGGCAGCUCAAGAUGGCUUCAACAAGUUCUGUGCAUUCAUAGAUUUUGAGCUACAAGGGAAACCGCAACAUGGUAUAACUGAUAUCAUGAAGAAAAACCACUUAGAGGAAUACUACAAUAACCCUGAGCUUUGCUUCCUUUUGGCAAAAAGGAAUACCCCUAAAAGAACAGACAUUCUUAACAGGUAUGCUAAAUUUUUGAGCCAAAGGAAUAAUAAAGAUUCUAGAGAUUUUGAGGAAGCCAAGACCCUUCUCUUGAAGUCCAUAAAAUUGGAUAAUGGAGAUAGUAAUUGGUUUGCAUACCUGCUUAUGGGUGACAUGUUCAAGCAUAGGUAUGUAAGUCAGUGGUAUGCCAAAGUGAAUAUGGGCAAGGGACAACUCCCAGAGAAAACAAUGGCGGCGACUGCUCAACGGUAUUACAAAGAGGCUGUCGAAAGGAACCCAACACCACAACUCUAUGCUAAUCUGGCUGAAAUAAGUCAUUUUCUUGGUAUUAAUGAAAGGAGAGAAGUCAUCGAUGAGGAUCAGAUGUUAGACGCGGUUAUUAACUUUAAGCAUGCUUUGGAAAGUUUAGAUGGAGAAAAGGAUCCAAGUAUUCACCAGAGAAGAGGUCGGUGUUUAAGAGAUUUUGACCAAGAGAAGAGUGCUGUUGAAAGUUUCAAGAAGGCUGUAGAAACCCAAGAGCCUGAAAGCACUCAUAUAUAUAGCUUCCGCUGGCUGAUUGAUAUCCUUGCACAAUGGUGCCAGAAAAACAAGCAGAUGCUGAGAGAUAUCAAUGGUGUGGAGGCAAAGAGCCCUGAAAAUAAUUCUGUAAAUCAAUCAGAAAACAACUCAGAACAUGCAGUCAAAGCAGCUUGCAAGAAAACAAAAGGAGAGCUACAGUAUUGGUUUAGUGAAGGAUGUAAAAAAUUUAAAAAGAAAAACCUUGAUGAAGAGAUUCAGCGAUUUUGGAAUCCAAAAGACCAGAAAAUUACAAGCUGUCCAGAUGUCAUGGUGGAUUUGUACAGUGAUCUUUUGCAGAAUAAGAAGAAGACGCUAGCAGACCGUUUGAAGAAAGGUUUGAGUGACUUACUAGCACACUAUGAAAACAGCACUAACCAAACAAGGCCAGAUCCUAGUGAAGUACAGGCAGGUGCUCCUGUAUCAAGGGAUGAAGUACAGACAGGUGCUCCUGUAUCAAGGGAUGAAGUACAGGCAGGUGCUCCUGUAUCAGGGGAUGAAGCUGCCUCCAAAAUGCUCAAUGUUGAGGUGACACAGACAGAAGCAGGAACUGAUGUUUUACCUGCUGGAAGUAAUCAGAAGGAAUUCUUCUUAGGAUAUGUAAGAAAACUUGAUGAAAUUGAUGAGGAAUUCGAGAGAAAGGCUGACAGGGUGGCUAAAACCACAGAAGACACUGAAAAUGCAGAAGGAACAAAGAGGAGCAAUGAAAGCCAACAAGUGGUGCCAUGUAAUCAGGACAGCCCUCCGACACCUCCUGCUUCGACAUCUUCCUGUGAGGAGUCAAGUUCUGCUCCUGCCCCAAGCACAGAGGACAAGAAAACCAAAGAUCCUGGGAAAGUGACAGAUUUUGAAGAAAAUGUGAUACAAAAAGACUUGAACUUAGAAAAUAAGAAAGUUGAACGUUGUGAUUCCAAUUCAGAGUCAAUCCCUCCACCUCCCUGCAAAGCUAAAAACAAGAAAGGAAAGCUGUAUGAUUUUUAUGUUAUUUACUCAGAAGAAGAAGACUCAGACUGGGUGUCUUACCAUUUAUUAACUACUCUGGAGGGCACAAAAGGAUUUAAGGGUUGUGUCAGAGAGAGAGAUUUUAUUCCAGGUACAGACUAUGUUGAUUCGAUAGUGGAAAGCAUUAAAAAUAGCUUUAAAGUGUUAGUGAUUAUUUCAGGCAAAAAAACGAAUGACAAAUGGUAUAAUUAUGAAGUGGAUCAAGCUAUUCAUCAGAAACUAGACUCAGAACUGGAUUCUUUUGUAAUUCCGAUUUGUAGAGAAGAUGCCAACAAGAGUGACGUACCAUUAAAACUAAAAACUGUUAUUGCAUGUUCCAUGGUGAGUGCCCAUGAUUGGGAAAAACUAGAAAGAGCUCUAGAUGAUGACAAUUCCCAGUAAUAUGUUGGCAAUACAUAGUGUAUUCAGAACAGAGGAUCCAUGGAGUAACUGACCCGCAGACUAAAUAUGGCUGA